AUGAUGCUCAACAGCGCUGGUCAAAGAGUGAACGGCUCAGCAUCACCAGCUGUGUUGCCGACUCACUCCAUGUCCCGAACAAGCUCCCUACCUUCACCUACAACAAGCAGACGGAACUCGCCUUCCGACCAGAAAGCAACGCAACAUUUGCCACCAAAUCAACAGGCAUAUCCGCAGCAGUCGCCAAGCACUACCAAUUCCCAAUACGUCAACCCUGCUCCAAACCAACGCCCAAACGCACCAUCCUUUCCAACUCCUAUGCAACCACCGCACGUUUUGGCGAGUCAGCAACUGCGUUCUCAAGCACCGCCGCAUUCACACGAUCAACAUGCCCCUAGAAAUGACGCUGUGUAUCCGUCUCCCAAGGUUGAUGGGCCACAAACAUCUACCUCGGCACUCUAUCUGCAGUUGACGAGUUUGAUCAAACAAAUUGAUCCUCAAACAGUGAGACAGGCAGUAAGAGACUGUCAUCAGAUUUGCUUGCAAGGUUCGGAAUAUCACUACUCCUUCUUGAUGAAAACUUCAAUUCACAGAGCCCAACCGGCAACGAUAAAUCAAACCAUGACUGAAUUUGGUUCACGGGUUGUUCAGACAUCAAAGCAUCAACUCGUGGCACAUCUAACAGCUUCCGAUAUUGAUGAACUUGCAAAUCAAAUUCUGUACAAAGCCAGCAGUUCCUUCUUGGAUCUAGCCUUGGCCAAGCGCCUAGAAACUAUUCGGGCUCGUUCACUUGUCAACGCCCUGGCGACAGCAGAACGUCUUGGCUACGAUGUGAAGGACAUUGUUGAGGAGAAAAGAGACGGCACCGAGCAUGUCAUUCCGCAUUUGCAGCACGAGCUGGCUCAAUAUCCAUCACAGCACGAUCCUCCUCCCCAGCAGUCGUUCUCGCAGACUGCGCCAGCAACGGGUGCCUCGACAGCGACAACGGAACCGACCAGAAGCUCCCACCAAUUUUUGUGUUGUAAUGCGUGCUCUCGCCCGGUCUCAGGUCAGCAUGCGCUUCGUUACCAUAAGCUCAAAAAGGCAUGCUUCAAUUUCAAGACAUAUGAUCGAGUUGGUGUUGUUCUCUGCCCUCACUGCGGAAUCGAGUUUACAUCACCAGGCGGUUUACCAUACCAUACAAGGUCAAAUGUGUGUGGCAAUUACACCGAGUUGAACGCCAAGGAAAUUAAGCUGGCGCUCAAAGGUUUUUAUGAAGAGUAUGAACGUCAGAAAGCUUCUGGCUUUGCGCCGCAGAAGGCAACAACGGCGCACGAGAACGAGAGUCAACCACAGGCUUCGCAACCCUCACAAGAGAGUGGUGCAUUUACGGCUGCCAACGCUACUCCAGGAUCAACGGGGAAGAUACCUGAUGCAUAUGCGCACCUCGCGCCUCAAGACAGAAGAAGCCUCGAAGAAGAAAUGGCAACAGCAGAAGCACACUAUGGGGGACUGAUACAAAAGGCGAUGGAAUUACCGCAGCCUCAGCGUGAUGAAGAGGUAGCAAAACUCAAAAACAGUUUCAAUACAAAGCAAAGCACGACACGCAGAAAAUAUGGGGUUAAGUUGCGAGAAAGACGCUCCAAGGCCGAAAUUGAAGCGCAGCGUGAGCGACUUCUCACCGUUGGUGCGGGAGAAAAGCGUCGCCGGCGGCAAGAACCAUUGACUGGUCAAACAGGACUUGGUUCAGAACCGAAAAGAGCCCGACUUGACCAAGGGGGUAGUUCGGUGAACGUUGAAAGAUCAAAUGCCUCAAAAUCUGCAGCAGACUCACCUCGAAAGAGGGUAAUGCUGGCAGAUAUGGGCGGCCUAGGUCCGUCCGCAGCGACAGCAGAGCACACAGAUCCCACUGUUGAUGUACCGUCGAAAACUCAACCACAAACACAAGCAUACGCACGCCCUCAGCCGCGGCCUGUGGCUGCUGGCUCGACAAGUCCUGAUGCGGUCAGCGAAAGGACUACUGUUGUGGCCGGCGGAGCCUUUGACCAGCCGAUGAGGCUUGACGACAGCACUGAUACUGAAGACUCGGACUCCGAAGAAGAGGACGGCGAUAUUCCCGCUAGCCUACCGAGGAAGAAAGCAGGGAUGGAGGGAGGUGUUAAAUCAUAG